GCUCUCCAUAGCCAAAGUGGACGUCGGGCAGCUGAAUCGGUCACAUUCGAUUUUCGCCCUAAGCUCUAAAUUCGCUGCGACUGCUGCCGGCUACACACACACACACACACACACAGACACACACACACAUACAGGAUGCUGCUCAAUACUUACGCAACGCUGGCGACAUCUGACGGCGUAAUUAGCCAACACUAACCGUAUAGCUGCUCGCAUUCGCAUUCAAACAACAACAACUAACGGCAUAAGGGCAGCAGGCAAAGAGAUAAGAAGAAGCAUGGCCAACAACAGCAAUUCGUCGGCAACCGCAUCGCUGGCCACAACGCCGGCGACGACGCCAACAGCGCUGACAACGGCAGCGACAACAGCCAAACGCCUCGGCUAUACGGCCCCCGCGUCCACCGCGGCCACCGCGUCUGUCAUCUGCGAGGAGGUCUUCGAUGAGGCAUGUUUGCCAUCUUCCGAGGAGAUAAACGAUUAUGCGUCUCUGAUUGGCAUCGAGCCGAGCAAGGAGCCGCAUCUGUUGUAUCUGGCCAAGGAGGGGCUUAUGGCCGCAUUGCCCCCGGAGUGGAAGAUCUGCUAUUCGGAGGAGAAGAGCGGACAUUAUUAUUACAAUACGCGGACCAAGCAAUCGCAGUGGGAUCAUCCGUUGGACGCCGUCUAUCGCGAGCUGGUCGAGCAGACGCGCCAGAAGAUGCUGCUGCUGGGCACGGGGGCGGCUGCUGGUGCUGCCACGCCCAUUAUUGAUAACUCGGACGAUAUGUCGCAGCUGGACUCGGGCAUACGCAGCAUGCAGGGCACCGACGAGCUGCUGGACGACAUGAGCUCGCCCUUGAACAACGGCGCCAGCCAACAACCAGGUGCGGCAGCUGGAGCUGGGAGCAGCAAGACGCAUGCGAGCGCGUCGGCCGCUUUUCCGGGUCCCAGCGGAUUUAGCGGCGGCGUCAGCCGCUUUCUGGAGACGCGCGGCAAGAGCUUCGGGCCGAUCUUUCAGCCGGUGAAGAACACGCGCUUUGAGGUGGCCAAAACGAAUACACAGAUCAGUUUGGCCAUGAAAUUUGCACCAGCUGCCGCCGAGUCGCAGCCCAAGAGCGGAUUUCAGCUAUCGGGCAACGGCGCCAUGUUCCUCAAGUCGCGACGCCAGCUGGAGCCAACGGAGCCGGCGUCGGGCAAUGCGUAUGGCGUCAAGGGCAUAUUGCGGGACACAAGCUUGACGGACAUGCGACGUCGCUACGAACGGGACGAGGAUGCCGCGACGAUGGCGACGACGACAACGACGGCGACGGAGGAUAAGAAAAGCGUGCGCUUCAAUCUGGUGGAGACGCAGCGCAUCUGCAGUUCGCCCGUCGUGGAAGAGGAGAAUGCGCGCAAGCCAAGCCAAUCGCCUGAGCUGUCCGACGAGGAGGCCGCCGGGCUGGAGGAGCACGAGCAGCAGCCGGUGGAUGGGGAGGAGGAGGAGGAGGAGGAAGAGGAUGAGGAGGAGGAGGAUGUGGCAGCAGAGCACGCCGACGAGGAGGAGGAGGAGGAGGAGGACGAGGACGACGACGACGAUGUCUGGGACGAGGAUGUGGCCGAUCCGGACGCCAUGGUGGGCAUGUGCAGCCUGAAUCCCUUCAUCAGUGACUCGCCAAAAGGCAUUCGCAUCAUCAGCUUGCCCAAGUCACAGACCAUACAAAUGCUAAAGGCACAGGAGGAGUCCGCCGGCGUUAAGGCAGAGACGAGCAGCUAUCUGGACAAACUGAAGGAGUGCGCCGGCGGUGCGACAGUGAAGCCCCUGUACGAGGACACCGACUCGGACUCGAAGGGCAGCUCGGUGCGCAGUUUCAUUGUGAACAAAUCGGAGCAGGACAAUCCCUUCGAGCUGGAGCAGCUGCAGCGCAAAUCGUUGGCGACCAGCGAAAAGCUCGGCAUGCGCAGCCUCAAAAUGGCCAGCAAGCUGGUCGGUCUGCUCAAGAGCAAGGAGCAGCAGCAGCAGCAGCAGCAUGGAUCCGGCGAGCUGCUCGGCGAGGAGGACAUGGAGGCCAUCAAGCGGGAGCAUGAGGCGCGCCUGAAGAGCCUGCGCCACGAGUACGACCUGCGGCUGAGCGCGCAUCAGCAGCAGCUGGAGGAGGCGUUCCAGCUGCAGCUGGAGGAGUAUCGCGGCCAGCUGGAGCAGCAGCUGCAAUCGAAGCGCGCCCAGGUGGUGCACGAGCACAAACAGCGCAUGGCCACGCUGCAAUCGAAUCAUGCCGAGCUGCUGCACGAGCUGGAGCGCGAUCUGCGCUCCGAGCAGGAGCUGCUGCGACGCGAGCACGCCGCCAAGCUGGGCCAGAUGCGCGACAAGCUCAGCCACGAGCUGGAGCUGGAGAAGCAGCGACUGCGCGACAAUGGCGAGGAGCGUCUCUACGAGAAGGUGCGCUGCGAGAAGCGACUGCUCGAAGACAAGUAUCGCUGCCUCAAGGAGAAGUAUGUGCGCCUCAAGACCGACGUCAAGCUCUCGCUGGAGCGGCGCAGUCGCCGGCGCGAGGCGCAGGCGCUGCAGCAGCAGCUGGAGCAGGGCCAGGGUCAGGGCCACACGCAGACGACAACCAACUCGGAGACGGAGCGCUCGCUCUCGCAGAAGCCCUCGAUUGGCAACAGCGAGAACCGUUCGCUCAGCUACUCGGAACAGGCCGGCGCUGGAGCUAUGGGUGGCUCUGGCGGCGUCAAGCUGAAGCCGCCUGUGCCGCCCAAGACGCACCUGAGCAAGCCGUCGGGCAUUGCCAGCAAGUACAUCAAGCAGCUGCAGCUGCAGGAGGACACAAACACCUCGCUCAGCCAGUCGGACACGACCAUAUCCAACAACUAUGGCAAGGGACGCUAUUUGGCGCCGGCUGCUAACACCGCCAGCACCGUGCUGCUCAGCGACAAUGGCAACUCCGACUCCGAGGCGCAGCACGAGACCAACAACAACAACAAUAAUAACAACAACAAGUUGGCGGCGCCGCGCAAGAAACUCUUCUCGCGCACAAAAUCCGCUUCGACGUCGCGUCUCAAUUCGGAGAACUUCAAGCAGCUGGAACAGCGUCCGUGCACGCCCGUCGAGAAUCUGCGGCAUCAGCUGCAAAAGCUGGAGGAUCUGGAGGAUCAGUUGCCGGAGCAUACGCUGGACACCACCUAUCAUCUGCGCUAUCCGUUCACGGAUCACAUUGCCGGCGAGCAUGCCCAGCUGGUUGGCACCGUGGUCGGCUCCGAGCUGGAGUUCUUCAAGCAUCGCAUCCAUUUGGAGCGCGACUCGGUGCGUCGGGCCAAGGAAUCGCUGCGCACGCAACGCACCAAUUUCCGGGCACGCCAGCGCGAGAUUAAGCAGCGCCACAAGAGCUUGGCGCUGGCCGCAACGCGGCACUCGCUGGAUCAGCUCAUUCAGGAGGAGAAGGAGCUGACCGAAAUGGAGGUGAAUCUGCAUCGGACGCGUGCGCUGCUCGGCGAGAAGGUCAUCCGUUUGCGUCAUCUCGAGCAGAGUCUGCUGCGCAUCUACGAGAAGGAGAAGCAGCCCAGCGUCGAGCCGGAGCCCAAGGAUGAAGCGGCCACGCUCAGCGAUCUGUCCUCGCACUCCAGCUCCGGCUUCAGCAGCACGGACUUUGCCAGCGGCGCCGCCGCCGCCGAUCUGCACAAGCGCAAGGAGUACUUCCAGCAGGAGUCUAACGAAUGCAUACAGAAUCUCGAGAUACUCAAUGCCGAAAUACGCGAAAUCCUAGACAUACUCGGCCACAAGCAACAGCAGCAGCAGCACCUGGCCAUGGCCAUGCCGCUAAUCUCCCCGAACGAGCUCAGCUGGUCGCACAUGCUCAGCCAGCAGUCCGGCUCGGGCACGGCCACGGCCACGGCAACGGCCAGCGCCGGAUCAAAUCCGAGCGUGCAUGCACCGCAAUCGAUACCGACGCUGGCGGAUCGACUGGAGACGUAUCGCCAGCUGGCCGCCGGACGCAUGCACAGCUCGAUGGGCGGCGCCAUCUUGGCGGCCAAUACGAUUGUCUCGCAGAGUCCGCGCGCCGUCAACUAUACGACCAGCCUGGUGGAGCGGACGCGCGACUUGCGCAAUUGGCUGCGUCAGGCCAAAACUGAGCACGAGCUGCUCACCGGCAUCGGUGUCCAGCAUGGCCUGACCCUGCCGCCCUCGGUGCCCGGUGCCAGCGCUGCUGCCGGGGGCGUGCCCGGGGGCGGGGGAGCGGCGGGCUCGACCCAAACUAAUUUGUAAGCCCAAGCUCUGGACAGAGUCUGGUAAUACACUCUACAGAAAGAAAAAAAGACAAAUACCCUCUAGAAAGUGCAGAGGGGUAGCUUGAUUUAGCCGAUUAUUAUGCCUUUUGUGUCUGCCUUUUACUUGAGCCUAGCAUUGUUUUUGUUUUUUGCACUGAGUUGCCACAGCUGCGCGCAUACCCUGUAAAUAUGCGCCAACCUGGCUUACAGGGUAUAUCUGCAGCUUGAUUGUUUUAGUUACAUCUAAGUUUUAAGUGUUUUUGACAACUUGUUUUAAGCUACCAUAAAAAGAAAAGAAAAACCAGAAUAUAUAUACCCUAAAAUGUACUGCAUAUUAGGUAUGCUCACAGUUGGGAGCGACCAACUAGAGAACUCAUAGUCGAAUGGCAAAGAGAAAUCAUUGAGAUUUUAGCUGAGUACGUUAACUGCUAGUUAAUCUGACUGUCAAAGUUAAUUAGCAGCUUACACUGAAAGAAAUAUAAUCAAACUUGCAAGAGUUAUUCCAAAAAACAAAAAUAAAUAUAUCUAUAAAGCAAAAUAGA